AUGACGAAUCAGUAUUUUUCGACUUAUGUUGAAGAUUUGGAACAGGAACCUUUUGAUGCCAUUGAUUUUGUGGAACGUUUGGCCUGGCGUUUAACUGGAGGCAAAGAUGACAUCGAUGUUACGGAUUUGAAAACGAAAUUUGAAGAAGAAAUUGGCAAUUUGCAAAUGUUAAGCGAUCAAUUUCAAUCGAAGAUAAGUUCAUUGGAACAGCAGUGUAACAAUGACAAACGUGAAUAUUUAAACGUUUUGCAUAAACUUCAUGAACAGAAUGCUGAUGCUAUGGAUAAAUUAAAGCAGUUAGACAAUACGAUGCAAACAGUUUCAACUAAAGUGGUACAUUUGGGUGAUCAGCUAGAAAGUGUUCAUUUGCCACGUGCUCGUGCUAAUGAAGCUCUACAACUAAUGAAGCAUUUCGAUGAAUUUUUAGCAGAUCAGCCUUUAAGUUCUGAUAUCUUCACUGAUCCAGAUAGGUUAUUGGAAUCUGCUGCUAUGAUCCAGAAGUUGUCAUCUAUUUCUCAGGAAUUGGCAAAAGAUAAAUAUAGCAAUGUACAGAUUAGAAUUGCUCACAAGUACGACGAAAUCGAACGAUUAAUGUUGGAAGAAUUUGUGCGAGCCCAUCGACAGGGUAAUUGGCGUAGAAUGCAUGAAAUAGCUGUUAUUUUGGCUGAUUUCAAAGGUUAUUCGCAGUGUCUGGAUGCUUUCGUUGAACAUAUGCAGAUUAAUGCUUUUCGCGGUGACAGCGUUUUUGAUGAUAUUUUAUCACUUUGUCAGAAAACACAACCGAUGUUGAAAGAGAUCUUCCCAAAUCCUGACCAAGUAAUGUCGAAGUUGGUUUUGAAUUUAUUUCACGGGAAAUUACAGGAAGUCAUAGCAACGAAAUUAAGCGAUUCUGAAAAUGAUUUAGAAGCUUAUUUGACAUCAGUAUAUGAUCUCUAUUCGAGAACGCAAAAAUUGGUAUCAAAUUUAGUUGCAUUGCGGAUUACUGGAACUGAUCUGCAGUUUAUGGAUACAUUGGUGCGGUCUGUGUUCGGUCGUUAUUUAGAAGCGUAUCCUACAAUUGAGAGGCAAUUUCUGAUAGAACAAUGUGGCGCUAUUUUGAGUCGGUUUUAUGAGUCAAAAAAUCAUCAAAAGAAACAAAUCCAAAGUGGAGGGUUGCAAGACUUGAAGCGCGAUAUUCAAGCAAGAUUAUUGAAUGUGGAAACAUAUGGUGGUGAAACAUUUCUAUCGGAAGAAGUAGCUAUUAACAUACUUCAAGAAACGAAGAAUGCCUUUCAGCGCUGCCAACUGUUAUGUGAUAAAGAUGAAGCGCCAAAAAUGACUGAAACAAUAUUUGAUGUACUUUUGCGAUUUUUAUAUACAGAACAUUUAGAUUAUGCAAUUGAUCUUUCACUUGCGGGAAUAUCAUUAGCUGAACCAAAAACUGAGCCUCCUAAUUACUUUUUUUCUGUUGUGCAACAAGCUGUAGCUAUUACGCAUCUAUUCCACAAGCAGUACGAUGAUUCCAUCUUCCCAUUUGUCAGUGAAACUCCUGUUGAAGAUAUUUGUACAAGGAAACGUGUUGAUUGUUUACGUAAUGUUGAAAAUCGUAUAAAUCUUGGGCUUGAGCGACAGAUUAAUGCAGUAGUUGGUUACAUACGUUUUUUGUUGACGAAUGAACAAAAGAAGACAGAUUUUCGUCCUGAAGAUGAAAAUCAAAUGGUGACAGCCAUGUCCAAUGCUUGUGCUCUUGUUGUCAAAUACUUAAGUGCAGAAGUACAGGUGAUACGUGACAGUCUUGAUGGUGGUAAUUUGAUGACUCUGAUGCUAGAAUUUGGUCGUCGUUUCUACAAAGUUCUUUUAACACAUAUAUAUCAAUUUACAUAUAAUUCUCAAGGAGCUAUGCUUUUGUUAUGUGAUAUCAACGAAUACAGAAAAUGCAUACUGAGUUGGAAAAUUCCUGAAGUUGGCAAACAAUUUGAAGCUUUACAUGCGCUUGCAAAUUUAUUGGUUGUUGUGCCUGAGAAUUUAAACGAAGCUUGUUCAUCGCAACUAUUGAUUGAUACUGAUCGAAGAAUGAUUAAUAGUUUCAUACAACUUCGGAUGGAUUAUCGAACAGCUAAAUUGCACUUAAAUUUUAUAUGA